AUGAAGUAUGCCUUUUUGGAAGAUGGUUGUAAGUUACCGAUUAUCAUUGCUUCAGAUUUAACACAAGAACAAAAAGCUCAGCUGCUGAAUGUACUUCGGGAACACAAGAAAGCAAUAGCAUGGAAGAUCUCUGACAUAAGAGGGAUUAGCCCUUCUUUUUGCACUCACAAGAUUUUGAUAGAGUCUGAUUUUAAGGCUGUCGUGCAACCACAAAGAAGGCUAAACUCAAACAUGAAGGAAGUGGUGAAAGCGGAAGUGCUUAUGUUACUCGAUGUCAGAAUGAUAUAUCCCAUCUUGGAUAGUCCUUGGGUGAGCCCGGUGCAAGUUGUUCCAAAGAAAGGGGGAAUGACUGUAGUGCCCAAUGAGAAGAAUGAGUUGGUGCCUACUAGGACUGUUACUGGAUGGAGGCGGUGUAUGAUGGCCAUUUUUUAUGAGAUGGUAGAAGAUAUAAUGGAGAUAUUCAUAGAUGACUUCUCAGUCUUCGGUGACUCAUUCUCUCACUGCCUAAAGAAUUUGUCAAGAGUUCUUCAAAGAUGUGAAGAAACUAAUUUAGUGCUUAAUUGGGAGAAGUGCUAUUUUAUGGUGCAAGAGGGCAUCGUACUUGGUCAUAAGAUUUCCUACAAGGGAAUUCAGGUGGAUAAGGCAAAAAUUGACACAAUCAAAAAGUUACCGCUCGUUACUUCUGUCAAGGCAGUUUAG